AUGGAGAAAUUACUCGACCGGAAGCGAGCUGAGCAUGCUUCACUCACAAGGGUAGCUGCCUGCUUGAUAAACGAGCGCCUUGUGACAUCCAGCGUUACCGAUCAUUCGAUCAUACUGUCAUACCCUCUCGUUAACGACACAGUCUGUAUUGAUCUUCCACAGCCUCUUCGAUUUCAAGAGGCCGUUCAUGCAUCUGAAUUAUCAGGGCGGAUUGCUUACAAGCAGGUUGAUGUAUCGAAUGGUGCACAGCUGAUGCGUAUCUACGGGGCUUGGGCCAAACUCAGCCAUGACAAGAUCAAAACUGUCUGUAGAGAACUCGAAAAUUCAGUUGAAAACCUGGAGAGGGUGUAUCUGCGCAAUUGGACACCAACUUUUGAGUCUCCCAUUAUCGACUGGGAACAGGCGAUCAUCGAGGGCCAUGGGAUGCAUCCAUGGCAUAAGUGCAGAUAUCCAAUGGUGGAUGACUUUACAACCGCUCAGAUCUACUUCGUAACACUUCCUCGAACGGAUAUGACGGUUGUUGGGAAUUACGACAAGUACAUUUCUCAACUUGCGCCCAUCGACGGAACCGACGAGAGAGACAUAGUAUUUCCCGUCCACGAGUACCAACUGCCAAAUGUAAAGGAGGUCUUCCCCACAGCCAAAGUCCUGUCCCAGUUCAUCACAGGUCGACCACAGAGCUCGGUGCGGACCAUCUCCGUCGCCAAUGCUGAUUUCUGUAUCAAGGUCCCUCUGGCCAUCAAAAUCACGUCAAUUGUCCGAACAAUACGGCCAUGGGCCAUCACUAUCGGUCACAGAUUAGAGCCAGUGCUACAAGUUCUUGAGAAAUCAGCGGAACAGUUCGGUGGCUCCUUGACAGUUAUCCGCGAGUAUGCAGCCGCCGCAUCUUCGAGCGAACACUUGGGCUGCAUUAUUCGCCAGAGUACUGAGUCCAUAGCGGCUAUAACUGGAGACAAAAUCAUCGUUUGCGCAGCAGUGACGGAGAACAUCCACAGUAUUUGGGAAGACGAGACGACUGAGAGCAAGUUGGACCGUCUUCGACAGUUCUGCAGCCAUCUGUUUCGCGCUGUUCUGCCUUCUGUCAUGUUGCAUGGCUUCGCUCUACAAGCCCAUAUGCAAAACUUGCUCAUCCGUAUAGAUCCAGUCUCUCGGGAGAUUCGCGGGUUCUUGGUUCGGGACCUAGGGUCAUUUCGGGUGCACGGAGAAACAUUCCUCAAGACCACCUCACUAGAAGUCGAUACCUCGUGGAUUCUGACGAGAGAAGAGUCAUUGGAGAGUGUAUAUCGAUAUGUCCACAGUGUGAUUCAUGGCAACGUCGCUGCAAUGGUUCGUGCCUUGAAGUUAGGUAUGCCAGGAUGGAGAGUUGCUCGUCGCGAAUUGGAACGUAUCAUACCAGCAGGGGAUGACUUGGCGUAUCGUAUAUGGUUAGAUAACCCCGUUUGUGCAUCUCGAGCCCAUAUGUCGAUGCAAUUGUUUGGCGUGGAAGGCAAGUGCAGAACCACCACCAUUCCGAAUCGUUUCUAUCACUGUCAACAACAGAUGUGA